AUGGCCCCACACUACGCCACAUGGACCCACACUACUCCACAUGGCCCCACACUACACCACAUGGCCCCUCACUACGCCACAUGGCCCCACACUACGCCACAUGGCCCCACACUACGCCACAUGGAACCACACUACUCCACAUGGACCCCACAUGCUACAUGCCACAUGGCCCCACACUACUCCACAUGGCCCCACACUACGCCACAUGGCCCACACUACGCCACAUGGCCCCACACUGGCCCCACAUACGCCACAUGGCCCCACACUACGCCACAUGGCCCCACACUACGCCACAUGGCCCCACACUACGCCACAUGGCCCCACACUAUGCCACAUGGCCCCACACUACGCCACAUGGCCCCACACUACGCCACAUGGCCCCACACUACGCCACAUGGCCCACACUACCACAUGGCCCACACUAUCCACAUGGCCCCACACUACGCCACAUGGCCCCACACUACGCCACAUGGCCCCACACUACGCCACAUGGCCCCACACUACGCCACAUGGCCCCACACUACGCCACAUGGCCCCACACUACGCCACAUGGCCCAACACUACUCCACAUGGCCCCACACUACGCCACAUGGCCCCACACUAUGCCACAUGGCCCCACACUACGCCACAUGGCCCCACACUACGCCACAUGGCCCCACACUAUGCCACAUGGCCCCACACUACUCCACAUAG